AAAAGGCCAAGUAUCGUCUAAGUGUGAUAAUGAUACGAACGAUAAAUAACGGUUCAAGCUGUGCAGCGCUAUUAUUGAGAUGUACUUCGGGGUCUUCCUGGUUUGUCAAUAUAACUUCAAGACACAAACACAGCUCAUACGAUGUUGCCAUUGUUGGUGGAGGCAUCGUGGGCCUGGCCACAGCUAGAGAGCUGGUCCUGAGGCACCCCACGCUCAGCUUCGCCGUGCUUGAGAAGGAGAAAGAGCUCGCUGUCCACCAGAGUGGACACAACAGCGGGGUGAUCCACAGUGGGAUCUACUACACCCCGGGGUCCCUGAAAGCUCGGCUCUGUGUACGGGGCGCAACUCUGGCUUACGACUACUUGGAGAAGAAGGGACUCCCCUACAAGAGGUGUGGCAAGCUGAUCGUCGCCGUGGAGAGGGAGGAGAUUCCCAGGCUGAAUGCGCUUUACGAGCGCGGUCUGAAGAACAACGUGCGCGACCUCAGCAUCGUCGAUGCCAAAGGGAUACGGGAGCGGGAACCUUACUGCAGGGGCCUGAUGGCGCUGGACUCGCCCUACACUGGAAUUGUGGACUGGCGCCUCGUAUCCCUCACGUAUGCCAAGGAUUUCCAGGAAGCAGGUGGCACUGUGACCACAGAGUUCGAAGCCAACGACAUUGCCAUGGUGACGGAGAGCCCUGCUGACUCUACUGAUGGACUGAAAUUUCCUAUUGCAAUCCGAAGUUCUAAGGGGGAGGAGGUGCACUGUCGCUAUGUCCUGACCUGCGGGGGACUGUACUCCGACCGGCUGUCCCAAAUGUCCGGCUGCAGCCCCGAACCUCGUAUCGUACCCUUCCGAGGGGACUACCUGGUCCUGAAGCCCGAGAAACACUACCUGGUGAAGGGAAACAUCUACCCGGUGCCUGACCCACGUUUCCCCUUCCUUGGGGUCCACUUCACCCCCCGAAUGGAUGGCAGUGUGUGGCUGGGUCCCAAUGCUGUCCUCGCCUUCAAGCGCGAGGGGUAUCGGGUGUUCGACUUCAACGCCCGGGACUUUGCAGACGCGAUGUCCUUCAGGGGUCUUCAGAAGCUGGUGCUGAAGCAUGUUGUUUUUGGAAUGGGGGAGAUGUACAGAGGAGUCUUCAUCCAAGCUCAGGUGAAAAUCCUUCAGAAGUACAUCCCAGAGCUGACUUUCAGCGAUGUGCUCAGGGGUCCUGCGGGGGUAAGAGCACAGGCCCUGGACCGGGACGGGAACUUGGUGGACGACUUUGUGUUUGACGGGGGCGUGGGGGAGGUGGCCAGCCGGGUUCUCCACGUCCGCAACGCCCCCUCGCCCGCGGCUACUUCCUCGUUGGCCAUCGCGGAAAUGAUCGCCAACGAGGUGGAAAGCCGCUUCUCUCUGUAGAGGUCAAUACUGGUGGUCUUUUCUUGUGCAGCUUCUUAUCACCAAAGAGCCCCAACAAAUUGACCCUUGUGCGCACAACACGGCUGGCAACACCCCAGUGCUGGCAUCAUUGGACAGUAUGUGAUUGGUGGGGUGUCAUUUUAUACAGCACUGUUAAAAAAGUAUAGGGAACACUACUCAGGUUGUCCAGUCUGUAAGAAUCGUUGCUCUUAAUUCAAGUCAUAAUCGCACUUCUAUCAUUUACUUGUCGAUGUCGAAGAAAAUGGGUACUUAAGUGAGUAAAUAUUGACACUAAAAGUAAGCAGUUAUAAGCAUUACUGUUUUUGUGUGGUACUUCAUAAUUAUGUUCAGUUGCCAUUCCCCUUUCUUAAAUAGCACUUUGAAUAAUGCUUGUCAUGCAUUUCAGUCUGAUUUGGUGCUGUGUGACCAUAUGCAUUUCUGAUUUUAUCUGAAUCUUGGUUAUUCUGAAUUAAUUGUUGUUCGUGUGUAAACAGAAUGAAAGUAGUUUGUAAAUAAUGUUGUUUUUGCAACAUAUUCAAAAAACCAUAGUAUGCUUUAGGAGGAGCAAUAAUUAUUUCUUUUUUUAAAUGAGAAAUAUCUAUCAAGUUCAUUUAGUGUUUUCCAUAUUUCCAUGUCAUGAAAAUGACUGUGCAGCACAUUUUUGGGGAUUCAUAACCAAGCACAUAGACACAGUUUGCUGUUUUGAAAUGCCAUUAAAAUACCUCAAAAUGGAGUAAAUGGUAAAAUGGACUGCAUUUAUAUAGCGCUUUUAUCCAAAGCGCUUUACAAUUGAUGCCUCUCAUUCGCCAGAGCAGUUAGGGGUUAGGUGUCUUGCUCAAGGAUACUUCAACACGCCCAGGGCGGGGUUUGAACCGGCAACCCUCCGACUGCCAGACAAUCGGUCUUACCUCCUGAGCUAAAUCGGAGUACGAUUCUUCGCUGAAUCAAGCUGCUAAAAUGUACGAAAUGUGUGAACUAAUUUCUUAUGGAAAAUCUUGCAUUUCAUUUGUAUACAGUUAUAAUUUUACAGAGACACCAGACUGAGUGAAUCUUUUGAAAUUGUCUAUGUACAGAUGGAGUCCCUACCAGCACUGCCUUAACUGUACCAUACACCAUGUAACAUGGUUUGACCUGUUUUGUAGAAACGUCCAUCUACUGUCUGGAAAUUAUCUUUUUUUUUAAAAACAUGUACAGUUGUUCACAAACUGUUCCUUGAUAUGAAUAAAUAAGUACAACUUCAUUUACAUGAAAAACAA